AUGAAGCUCAACAUCGCCAACCCAGCCACCGGUCAACAAAAGAGUAUCGAGAUCGAUGACGAGCGUAGGACCCGAAUCUUCUACGAAAAACGGAUGGGUCAGGAUGUUGAAGCUGAUGCCCUCGGAGAUGAGUUCAAGGGCUACACUUUCAGAAUCUCCGGAGGAAACGACAAGCAAGGUUUCCCCAUGAAACAAGGUGUCCUGACACCCAAGCGAGUUCGCCUUUUGCUCGGCGAGGGUCACUCGUGCUUCCGCGCCCGUCGGGUCGGUGAGCGCAAACGUAAAUCCGUCCGCGGAUGCAUCGUCGCCUCCGAUAUCGCCGCCUUGUCCCUCAUCGUCAUCAAGCAAGGCGAUCAUGACAUCGCCGGAUUGACCGACAACGUCCUCCCCCGUCGUCUCGGUCCCAAGCGAGCUACCAAGAUCCGCCGAUUCUUCAACCUCACCAAGGAAGAUGAUGUCCGCAAGUUUGUCGUUCGCCGUGAAGUUAAGAGCGCCAAGAACCCGGAAGCCAAGCCCUACACCAAGGCCCCCAAGAUCCAACGAUUGGUCACUCCGAUCCGUCUUCAACGCCGAAGACAUCUCCGAUCAUUGAACCGUCGCCGCAACGAAGCCCAGAAGGCACAAGUCGCCGAGUACAAGGAGGUUGUAGCCAAACGCCAGGCUGAGCGCAAGGCCAAGCUGGCAGCUGUCAAGUCGCGAAAGCACGCCGCCGCCGCUGCUCAACAUAAAUGA